CGUGUGGUAACGUGUCGGGAGGGGCAGAGGAUGAGGGCGAGGCUGAAGCCGGGUGGAUUGAGGGCGCCGCCAUCUUGCUGUCCGUCGUCUGUGUGGUCCUGGUGACGGCCUUCAAUGAUUGGUCUAAAGAGAAACAGUUCCGUGGGCUACAGAGCAGGAUAGAACAGGAGCAGCGCUUCGCUGUGGUACGGAAAGGAAACGUGAUCCAGAUACCUGUAGCUGACAUGGUGGUGGGGGACAUGGCUCAGGUCAAAUACGGAGACCUGUUGCCAGCGGAUGGUGUCCUGAUCCAGGGAAAUGACCUGAAGAUAGAUGAGAGUUCUCUGACUGGGGAAUCAGACCACGUUGGGAAGACUGUGGACAAAGACCCAAUGCUGCUCUCUGGUACCCAUGUGAUGGAGGGUUCAGGCAGGAUGCUGGUAACUGCUGUGGGGGUCAACUCUCAGACCGGCAUCAUCUUUACACUGCUGGGGGCCGGAGAGGGGGAGGAGGAAGAGGAGGAGGAGGAUGACAAGAAGAAGAAGGGGAAGCAGCCCGAAGUGGUGGUGGAGAACAACCAGAAUAAAGCCAAGAAGCAGGACGAGGCUGUGGCCAUGGAGAUGCAGCCUCUGAAGAGUGCAGAGGGAGGAGAGGUGGAGGACAAGAAGAGAGUCAACACAACAAAGAAGGAGAAGAGUGUUCUACAGGGUAAACUCACCAAACUGGCUGUGCAGAUUGGGAAAGCAGGCCUGGUGAUGUCAGCUAUAACAGUGCUCAUCUUGGUACUGUAUUUUGUCAUCCAGACGUUCGUAAUAGAAG